AUGUACGUAGUGAAGGCGUCCAAGUCAAAAGCAGAUCUUCCGACCGAGUACAUUGCGGACGAGGUGUUCACUACGUACGUGCCGGAGGUGGGCAGCGACGCAACGCUUUGUCUAGCCGAUACCAACCACUUAGUGUUAACAUUGAGACGCUUUACCCGCAGCAUGUGCGCUCUUACGGUAGCACAUUCGUGCGCAUGA